AUGCGUUCGCUUAUAAGGCUGGUGGCUGCCGUCCUGCUGCUCUCCGUUAUAUCCUGCGAGGCACUGCCACUACACCCAUCCCACGACAUUGGGCUUCAAAAAGAUUCCCAACCGGGCCACUCGUUGGUUGGAGACGAAGCUGCUUUGGCGUGGAAGAAGGUUUUAUGCCAGCUCAUGCACCCUGGUGACAGCACACACCAGACAGAAGCCACUGUCAGAGAAGAAAUCGCUGCUGAAACGAACCAAAACGACGACCAAAUGGUGUGUUAUACCCCCCUCCGUUGCUCUCUCUCUCUCCCAUCCAGCCGCAUCAAGAAGACAGUUUCGGGUGUGAUCUUGAAAACCGAACCCGAGAUGCAGGGGGCAGAGGGCAAACCUGUCAGCUGGAAUAUACAACCGAGCCAUACGCCGUCGGUAUCUCCCUCGCAGACAUCCGGGUACUCUCCGGACGCAUCGGGGGUCAUCGCAAACUCCCGCGUCUACGACAUCCUCCCAGACGAACUUAAUGGAUACGCUGGCAGCGGCCCAGACUGUACCCACAUAGCAAAGGACUUCAGCAGCAUAAACCAGGGUCGCGGCCGUAUUGAAUUCCUAACGCCAGGAAUAAUAGUCACAGGCGUGGUCAUACUGCUCCUGGUCACCAUUGCAUUCUUCGAUUUCAUGCAGUGGAUUCACCUCUACCGCCGACGGUCAAAAUCACGCCGCAGGUCAUCCCUGGCCAUCCUUAUCAUUGGCGACAAGCCAGGCCAUGACCUCACAUUCUGCGAUGAAGACGAGUACCACAGUCGGAAAGACAUGAAUGUAUGA